AUAUAUGCAGACAAAGCGAUUGAAGCCUUCAACCAAAACCACUUUUUUCUUUACCAUAAUACACCGGCGUUAAGUAUUCCGUCCACUUCUCCCCAUCUCUUCUCUUCUCCAAUCUCCUUCAUACAAAAUAUGGCAAUAGAAUGAGGAGCUGCAGAAGCGGCGAUCAUGUCCGUAUCCAUUUCCAACUGCUUCUCUAAUUUACUCUGCCAGGAAGAUUCUUCCGGCGUCUUCUCCGGCGAGUCACCGGGGUGUUCUAAUUCCGACCUCGAGUCUCCAGCCUGCGUCGAGGAAUCUAUUUCCGUCUUCAUCAAGAAUGAGCGCCACUUCGUCCCCGAUUACGAUUGUUUCUCGCGCUUCCAAUCUCCGUCGCUUGAUGCUGCCGCUAGACUAGACUCUAUUGCAUGGAUUCUUAAGGUUCAAGCAUAUUACGGUUUUCAGCCGUUAACAGCGUAUCUCUCCGUCAACUAUUUGGAUCGCUUCCUUUGUUCACGCCGUUUGCCGCAAACAAAUGGAUGGCCAUUGCAACUCCUCUCUGUUGCUUGUCUCUCACUCGCUGCUAAAAUGGAGGAACCUCUUGUUCCUGCAUUACUAGAUCUUCAGAUUGAAGGGGCUAAAUAUAUAUUUGAACCCAGAACAAUAUGCAGGAUGGAAUUAUUGGUCCUGAGGGUAUUAGAUUGGCGGCUACGUUCGGUAACACCGUUCAAUUUCAUAGCAUUCUUUGCCUACAAGCUUGAUCCGUCUGGGGAUUUCAUUGAGUUUCUUAUCUCAAGAGCAACAGAGAUUAUACUGUCACAUAUCCGAGAGGUAAUAUUUCUGGAGUACUGGCCAUCUUGUAUUGCGGCGGCUGCUUUGCUUUGUGCUGCAAAUGAAGUCCAGAGUUUGUCUGUUGUCAAUCCAGAACAUGCUGAAUCAUGGUGCAAUGGUCUAAGGAAAGAAAAUAUCAUGGGCUGCUACCGGUUAAUGCAAGAGAUUGUGCUUGAUAAUACCCGAAGAAAGUCUCCCAAAAUCUUACCUCAGUAUAGAGUGACAGUCCGCACUAGAAUGAGAUCCAGCGACUUAUCUUCUUCCUACUCUUCUUCUUCUUCCUCAUCUUCAUCAUCACCAAACAAAAGGAGAAAAUUAAACCAGACCCAUCACUGGGUACAUGAUGAUAAGGGUAAUAACACUGAAGAAUGAUGGGGUGGUGAUUUCAAAACAUAAAGUAGAAUCCUCGAUAUUUUUUGGGAGGGUUUUUUUUAGAUGGUUAAGUUAACAUUUAACUAGAAUGGUGGUGCGUGUUAAUUAUAGUAAUAAUAUAGUGUAAUGAAAUCUCAAAGUUUGAGGUGGGCUAAGAGAUUUCAAAUAAUUUUAUUUAUUUAUGGAUCAUGUUGGUGGGCAAUAGCCAUUCAUUUAAUGGCUUUUGCAGAUUCCCAAUGGGAAGGGAAACUAAAGGGAAAGAGAGAGUUUGUUUGAUUUUUAAGGGAAAUGGCAGAGCGUUGAAUAAGUGGAGUCCAUAUGGAGUGUGAAAAGAGAGAAAGUUUUGAAUUCUGAAUUCAACAGUGGGAGUGGGAGUGGGAGUGGGAGUGGAAUGAGAGUGGGACCUUAUGAAGGAGAGAGUUAUUGAGAAAAUGAUGAAUGGAGCAGUGGCAUUAUGGUUUCAAGUUCCAAGUUUGAAGUGAUUUUGAAUUUUGGAUCAAAAGUUUCUCAAUCUUCAACAACGAUAUUUUGGUGAUAAAACUGAUAAAGGUGGCUCCAAUUUUACAACUUUUGGUGCGUGGCAUCGCAUGGCAUGGCAUGCUCUUGCUUGUGUGUGUGUAUUCUAUGAGUGGAACUGCCCGCCCCUUCGGCUGGAGGAAGUGCCUCUGUUUUUUUUGUUUUGAGUUUGUGUAAGUUCUAUUUUUAUAGCUGAAGGGAAAAGAAAAUCCCAAUUAUACAGAAAGGUCUUUGGGGCCUUUGAAUGCUUUGUUGUAUUGUUUUUGUUCAAUCAAUGUGAUUAAUUUUCAUUCAA